UAAUACAUAUAUAUAUAAAUUGCACUAAAAUACAGAUGCUUCAACUGGACGGUAUACCUGUUCUGAUAGUAGUAUUCACAAUAUACCUCAGCUUGCUGGGAUUCCAGAUUACUAUGUUGUACGUGAACUGCGUUUGUGUAUUAAAAGCCUGUUUCAAGAGAAUUAAUGACAAUUUGGCACAUAUACCAAACGUUAUGAAAAACGAUGUAAAGCAACCUGCUCCUAGCUUAAUUUGUCUCGUGCAAAGAAAUCAAUUUUUGUUGAUUGAACUCAAAACCUUAAAAAAGCAACAUCUAAUGGUUAGCGACACAGUACAAAUGCUAAAUAUAAUCUUCAGUCCGCAACUCCUGGCUACUGUAACCGCAACCUUUAUUACUAUCACUUUUGGAUUGUAUUUCCACAUAGUUCGAUGGCAACAUGGAGUGUUCUUUAGUUUGAAUAAAGAGUUGAUUGAUGUGUUUUUAAUGAGUAUGGCAUCUAACAUUUUUAAAAUAACACUAGUUGUAUGGGCCUGCGAGACUGGUAAGAAUCAGGCCCAAGAAAUCGUUAUCACUAUUCACGAUCUACUUAACAGCACCAAUGACGAGCAAAUAAAAAACGAGUUGCAUUUAUUUUCGUUACAAACACUACAUUGUAAAAAUACAUUUUCGACGAAAGGUCUCACUGUCGAUGCAACGCUUCUUACAGUAAUAGUGGGUAAUAUUACUACGUAUCUAUUAAUAUUGAUACAAUUCUUAAAUGUGUCGCAUUCUUGUGACGGAAAGACAACAACUAGUGUUAGAUAA